UUCGAAUUCCUUUUUUUAAAUAUUAAUCGACCUUUUAAAAUCCCGGAAGUAAAUUCUUUUCAAUAUUUUUUAAAAGAACCAAAGAAAGAACGUUUAAUUUGCAAGAGCGUGAAGUAGGGAUGUUGUUUAGCACUCAUGUUUACACAUUUCUGAUAGUUUCGUCUGCAGGUAAAUUUGAAACGAUAGAGACGAAAUCACGAAAGUUGCAAAGUUCACUGAAGAAAAAUGAUUUAGUCUACAAUAUAUGUGCAAUUUUUGCAUGCUAUAUUUUAAAAAAGAAAAGUAUUCAAAUCUAAAAUGAAAAAAAGAAAUUUGCUUGUUUUUUCCUGGCUCAUUUUGUUGUAUGCAAAUGGGGUGAUGUACUUUCUUCAAGGGUUUUUGUUAACUCGCCGAGAAAUUCAUCUAAAGUCCGCAGCGUUUGACGGUGUUUCUUGUUGUUUGGAAUCAAAAUACGAGAAAAUCAUCAUUCUUAUCAUUGAUGCUCUUCGCUAUGACUUUCUUGUUUACAACAAUUCCACAAACAAGAGUAGUAUACCAAUCUACCAAAAUAAUCUUCCUGUUGUGGAAAAGUUAUUGAAGGAUAAUCAUGGUGUGCUGUAUCAGUUUGUUGCAGAUCCUCCCACUUCUACAAUGCAACGUUUAAAGGGCAUUACCACUGGAUCUUUACCUACUUUUAUUGAUGUUGGGAGCAAUUUUGCAAGUGAUGAGCUCAAAGAAGACAAUAUCCUCAGUCAGAUUACUUCGUCAGGAUUAAAUAUUACAUUUAUGGGUGACGACACUUGGUUGCAGUUGUUCCCAAGGUCUUUUCAACGUGCAUUUCCUUUCCCAUCCUUUGACGUGUGGGACAUUCAUACUGUUGACCGAGGAGUGGAACAACACUUGGUGCCAGAAAUGAUGAAACCCGAUUGGAAUUUACUGAUUGCCCACUGUCUAGGAGUUGACCACACUGGUCACCGUUACGGUCCAGAGCAUCCUGUCAUGCCCCUCAAGUUAAAGGAGAUGAACUCUUUAAUCGAAAAAAUCGUAAGCAACAUGAAUCCUCAAACACUACUCCUAGUCAUGGGUGACCACGGAAUGACACGAAGCGGUGAUCACGGUGGUGACAGUCCAGAUGAAGUCAACGCCGGUUUUUUUGCAUACAGCCCAGGAUGGAAUAUCAAAUUCAACACCUCCAGGAAAACAUCAAUCAACCAAGUGGAUCUUGUACCAACCCUGUCAGUACUGCUGGGCAUACCAAUUCCGUAUUCAAAUUUAGGUUCUGUAAUAUUAGACCUUGUUUUUCCCGAGCAGCUGUGGAGAGAAACUCACCCCAGUGAAGAGCACAUUAUGAAAAUAGCACAGUCAUAUUUCUCCGAAGCUCUUUAUUUGAAUACCAAGCAAAUCUGGCGUUAUUUGGAAACCUAUAGCCGUGAUUCGUCAUUUCCGAAGAAAGAAUUCGAACAUCUCAGCAGUCAGUUUGACCGUGCUGUCCAUCUUUUCGAACGGUUACAAAUGAAACAGUGUUCCAAUUCGUGUACCUCCGAUUCAAGUUGUUGCGCUCCGGACGAAAAACUCGAAGAAUUCAUUCAAGCAGCGCAGAUUUUCCUCACUGAAGCUAAAGAAAUAUGCCGUUCCAUGUGGGCUCGUUUCGAUCUAACGUCCAUUUCCAUUGGAUUGACAAUUUUUACUUGCUCACUGUUUCUACAUGCGAAUUUUCUCAUCGAAUCCGAAUUGAAUUGGAUGAAACCUGUCAAAUAUUUCGGUAUCAUUGGAGCCUUCCUCUCCAUCUUAGUGCACAGUUGGUCUUCUGUGUUGACUCUUGGAUUAAGUUUAACACCAGUGUUCGUUUAUUUGGUUGGGACUAUGCGGAAGAUUCGACUUCAGCAGUUGUUUAAAUUUGCUUAUCUCGCCCCAUUUGUCAUGGCUGCUUCCUACACUUCAAACAGUUUCGUUGUUGAAGAACCCUACGUCGUUCACUACCUGGCACAAUCAUUCAUCUGGAUUCCGAUGUUCUUCAGACGCCAAACGAAAAAUCGUCAGUGGAUACUUCGGAUUGCAUUGAGUUUGACAACUCGAUUAGGAUUGGCUUUUUUUCGCUGCCGUGAAGAACAGUUUCCUACUUGUGAAGCCCACAGCCUUCACAGGAGCCUCAAUAGUCUUUCUGGAACUAACUGGAUAGUCUUUGCAAGAGUGUCUACAGCUUUAGUGUCCUGCAUUGCUUUUUAUCUACUCUACAAACGAUACCUUCCGUUUGACCGCAAAAACCUAUUUAUCGUCAUGAUCGUCUGGUGCUAUUGGAUUUUACAAAGUGCGUGUUUUCUGACCGACAGUGACACAAUUGGACUCGUGUACCUUCCAAGAUUGUUCUACAUUGUGUUUAUCGUAAAACUUUGCCAUGAUAUUUAUACGUUUUUAUUCGAUAAUGAACUGGGUAAGAUGUCAAACUAUCGCAAAAAGAUAUCUCAUCUGGUCAUUCUACUGUCAACGCUGGCCAUUUUGUUAGCUGGUGAUGGCCUGGCCCCAGGUAUUAUUCUGGCACUGGCCAAUCUUGUACUAUUCUCUCAACUCUUCACCGGAGAAAGUAAUUGCGGAGAGAUGUGGCCUCUUUAUGGACUUUUGUCAUUGCAUGGUUUCUUUGCUGGUGGACAUCAUACUAGCCUCGCUAACAUUCCAUGGGAAACUGCUUUUGUGGGUUUAUCCCACUCCGAUAGCCAAAGUGAAUGGGCUAACGUGCUGCCAGUUUUGUUUGUCAGUUAUAGCACGGCGUUUUCUAUGCUCCUACACGCCAUGUCCGUCCCGAUCGUGUCACUUUCGAACGUGACACGAAAGAACAAAGACUCGCAAAUGUUAUUAGUUAAUGGCUGGCUACACUUUUUGUUUUUCCAUGCUGUGCGCUUGUUUGGCUGUAUGGGCGCUGCAGCAUUACACCGCCGCCACCUGAUGGUUUGGAAAAUUUUUGCUCCGCGACUUCUCUACGAGCUACUUUUCGCUGUUUACACUUCGUUGGGGAUUGUUGCAUCUUUAUUCCUUUUUCAGGCAACGAUGUAAAUAUAUUUCGUUCUUAUCAUUUUCAACCCGAGACAAUCGAUCAAAAGACAAAAAGUAUUCAAAGAGGGAAAUAAUCAAUUGAGGGAUUGUCCGUUGCCGGCUUUUAUAAAGGGAAACGAUUACAACAGAAAGGAAGCCCUUAGAGAGAAAAAAAAAAACAUUAUUGAAUGGAAGAAUUUAUGAAAAGCUUAAUCAUUUUUUCUUUCUUUCUUUUUUCACUUGACAUAGGAGUGAAUAACUUUGCGGAUGAUGGAUACACAUUCCAGCAUUUCCUUUUCAUUGAUGACCAGUGGUGGAGCAAAACGAAUAAUGUCACCGUGGGUUGGCUUGGCGAGCAGUCCUUCGUUACGCAGCCUCAGACAAACCUCCCACGCGUCAAAUUCUUGAGAAUAAUAAAUUUUAUUUAGUAAUCGGUAACUUGGGCAUGAUAAAUGAAUUUGGUUAUUACCUGGCUGGAUAACGAUAGCAUCUAACAAUCCUUUUCCACGCACUAGUUUGAUGACUGAGCUAGGAAGUUCCCUCAUUUCAUCUCGCAGGAUCUUUCCAAGUUUUUCCGCAUUAUCCGCCAACUUUUCUUCCUCGAGUACCUGUAAUCAGCAAUUUUUGUUUGAUUAAGACAUCAGCGAAAGGCCCAAACUUUGAGAGAAUGCUGAUUUGUUUACUUGCAAUGCUGCCAUAGCCACUUUACAAGCCAGAGGAUUGCCACCAAAUGUUGAUCCAUGUUCGCCUGGCUUGAUGGUUAACAUUACUUCGUCGUUGGCGAGAGCAGCAGCCACAGGAAGAACACCACCGGAAAGAGCUUUACCGAGAACCAGAAUGUCAGGCUUAACAUUUUCGUGAUCAACAGCCAGACGUUUGCCAGUCCGACCCAAUCCUGUUUGCACUUCAUCAGCAAUCCACAGUACGUUGUUUUUAGUGCACAAUUCUCUCACGCUCUAUUUUAAAUCGUCAAGUCAUUAACGAAUUUGCGCUAUAAUUUAAGGUGGUGUGAUUCUCUUACCCUGAGAUAACCCGGAUCUGGAACGACUACUCCAGCCUCGCCCUGAAUAGGCUCCAUCAUGAACGCGCAAACGGUAGGGUCUUCCAAAGCAGUCUGUUAUUAGCAAAUGAAAAAUAGAACGGAGAAUAAUGGCAACUCUAGAGUAAUAAUCAAAACAUAAUCAUGACGGUAGAUACCUUCAGGGUGGCCACAUCGUUGUAAGGAAUGAUUACGUAGCCAGGCAUGUAAGGGCCGAAUCCGGCAUAGCUAGAAGGAUCAGUGGAGCUCGAAAUGGCGGCCAUCGUU